AUGGAUGCCGUUGAUGACAACAAUAAGCACCAGGCGCCGCAUCUAGCCGACUUUGCCGCGGACCGCGAACAACAGCAGAUCGACGAGGAUGCAGCAACAGCAGCAGUAAACAUGAAUAACGAUGUAAAAUACUCAACAACUGCUGCGAUUGGCGGCUGGGAACGUCAACUAUUUCGCUUUCAUCCGUAUCACGGCUCCAAUAUACAUCUGGAUGACGAUGCAACGGUCGCCUUUCGCCGCACCAGCUUUGCCGAUGCACUCACAUUCUCCGAGCGACCGCUGGCUCCCGGUGAUAUUUUCCUCGUCGAGAUUGAGAAAAUCGAACGUGGCUGGUCGGGACACAUGCGACUUGGACUCACAGAGCUAACGCCGAACAUAAUUGGCAUGCGCAGCGAGGGAUUGCCGCACUUUGCCCUGCCGGACUUGGCCAAUUUGGGUAAUAGCUGGAUAUAUCCGAUUUCCAAAUUUGAGAUGAAUCAACGCCAAGAGCAAUCCGCCCAGGGUGAGAAUGUGGAGCCACAACUAAAUGAAACGCCACAACGCAAUCUUUUGGGUGAUGCGACGCAUGUGCGGACACCGCGUGGCUUAUUACCAAAGAGACUGCUGCGACCAUCGAUGGACAAUGGCAACUCGGAUAUACUGUUAACCGAUCGAGGCUCACGCAUUGGCAUCAUCUAUGUGCCCACGGAGAAUGAUGCAUCCAAGGCCGAGUUGCAUUUUAUCAUUAAUGGUGUGGAUAAGGGCCCAGUGUCCAAGGAUAUUCCACUGAACAUGGCACCCUUGUAUGUGGUUAUCGAUGUCUAUGGCACAACCAAGCAGAUACGCAUCAUACAGUUGGAGGGCAUUUUAUCCUUACAAAGCGCUUGUCGCAAUGUCAUUUUGGAGCACAUCACAGCAGGCGCUAUUACAAGGCUGCCGUUGCCGGAGAGCAUUAAGCGUUUCUUGCUGCGACGAGAUUAAGGAACAGAGACACCAUAAAGCCACACACAGACACACACGCUUUAUGUAAUAGAGUGCUGUGCAUGAGCGUGCGACGUGAUAGCCUGUUUACCCAUAUAUACUACUUAUAUAUUUUAUACAUUGCAUUGUGUGUAUGGAAGUGAAGUGCCGCCGUUCAUUGACUUCCCAUUCAUUCCCUCGACGUCUCGUUCCAUAAUGCCGUGUGAAAUUUGCGGCAUAUUCAAAAGUUUUUGGGACAGUGGAAGGCGCUUUGCUCUGUUUUGUCACCUCCCCAGUUGGAGUUGCAAACGAAUUUUGUAUUUUCUUUCGUUCUGUAGAUAUAGUUUAUAAUACUUUUGGUUCCGUGAUACCAGUUCUUUAUAUUUAUAUUUUAUAUAUAUAUAUAUAUCUGUA